AUGAACAACAUGAUGGAUACCAACAGCUCGGCCGAGUGGCUGCUCGAGGCCGACUUUGGCCCGGCGGCGACGGGCCGCUUCGACUUCACGCUCGCCUUUGAGGGCGCCAUCCUGUCGAUUGUGCCCUCGGCCCUGUUCCUGCUGCUGGCGCCGCAGCGGCUGGUCUGGCUCAUGAAGCAGCCGCGCAAGGUGGCCAAGAGCCCGCGGUCCAUUCUCAAGCUGGGACUGAUCGGCCUGUACACGGCCCUGCAGCUCAGCAUCCUGCUGUACUGGGCCCUCGGACCCGUGCGCACGGCGGUACAGACGGCGGCGGGCGUACUGGUGUUUGUCAGCGGGCUGCUGCUGCUGGUGGUGUCGCACGCCGAGCACGCGCGCGCGCUGGCCCCGUCGACCGUCAUCACCGUGUACCUGCUGUUCACGCUGCUGUUCGACGCCGUCAUGGCGCGCACGCUGUGGCUGCUGCACAUGGACACGGGCGCCGUGGCCCGCCUGUUCACGGCCGCUGUGGUGCUCAAGCUGCUGGUACUUGCGGCCGAGGCGUGGGAGAAGCGCUCGAUUCUGCUUGCUCGGUACCAGAACCUCUCGCCCGAGAUGACGAGCAGCAUUCUGAGUCAUGGCGUGUAUUGGUGGCUUAAUCCGUUGUUGAGGACGGGGUUUGGCAGGUUCUUGACCAUGCAGGACAUGUAUCCGAUCCACGAGGACAUGGUGGCGAGGAAGCUGCUCGCCAGAGCGCAAAAGGCGUGGGCAUCGGCAAACCAAUCUAGGAAACACAGCCUCGCCUCAUCUACAGUGUGGGCCAACAAAUCCGUCUUUUCGUCUGGCGUGCUGGCUCGUCUCUUCCUGAUCGCCUUCAAGUAUUCGCUGCCGUUCCUCAUCAAGACGACCACGUCGUUUAGCGGGGAUGCGUCCCAGCCUGAUGCCGUCGGCUGGGCCUUGACCGGGGCAUGGUUUUUGGCCUUGAUUGGGCGGGCGAUAUCCAACGCCUUCUAUUAUCAGAGGACAUAUCGAUUUGUCACGUCAGUAAGGGGCAGCCUCUGCACCCAGAUCUUCUGCAAGACCCUCGACCUCAGCGUGACAGCCCUCGACGAGUCGAUCGCAGUGACGCUCAUGUCCACGGACACGGAGACGAUAUGCCAGACCUCUGCGCUGCUGCACGAGCUCUGGGCCUCACCCAUCGAGUGCGGCGUGGCCCUGUAUCUCUUGUACCAGAACCUCGGCCCGGCCGCCGUGGCCCCAAUCGUUGUGACAAUAGGGGCUACCGUUGCCGUCAUGCAGUUGGCCAGCUACACGGGACAAGCGCAGCGCAAGUGGGUCCGCAGCAUCCAGACACGGGUCGACGUGACGGCAUCGGUGCUUGGCUCCAUGAAGGAAGUCAAGAUGCUUGCCCUGUCGGACAUCGUGUCCGACAUGGUUCAGGGUCUCCGCGUGAAGGAGCUGAGGCUGUCCAAGGACUACCGCAAGCUCUUGUGCCUGCGCGUGCUUAUCGGAGGAAUCACGCAGGUCGGGGCGCCGCUGGCAACGUUUGCCACCUUUGUCAUCAUGUCCAAGACCACCGGCCAGCCUCUGGACACUGGGACCGCUUACGCCUCGCUCUCCCUGAUUUAUCUCUUGACGAACCCCAUAGUCACUUUCCUCCGCGCAAUCCCCAUGACCACCACCGCCCUGGCAUGCUUUGGCCGCAUCCAGAAGUUUCUGUUGUCAGAAAGCCGCGCAGACCAUCGCCUGCCCUUGCUCCCCGGUGACAGCCCCAGUGGCGAAGCCUCGACAGAUGUCAGCUCCCGGCCCCGCGAGAGUGGCACGGUGAUGGAGCUGCAGAACUUCAAGAGAGAGCCGGUGCUGCCAGCCGGGGCCCCGCUAGUCGUCGUAUCAGACGCCAGCUUCGGCUGGACGCGCUCCGGGCCGCCGAUCCUGAAGGACAUCCCCGUGGCGAUCCGCAGGGCGCACUUCACCUUCAUCAUCGGCAACGUGGGGGCGGGCAAGAGCACGCUGAUGAAGGCCAUGCUCGGCGAGACGCAACCGUGCAAGGGCUUCGUGUACACGGGAGCCCGCAACGCCGCCUACGUGGGCCAGACGCCGUGGAUCCAGAACCUGACGAUUCGCAAGAACAUCCUCGGCGUGUCUAGCUACGACAGAGACUGGUACGGCCGGGUCGUCCACGCGUGCGGGCUCGAGCAGGACAUCCGGGACCUCCCCAGCAAGGACGCCACCAAGGCUGGCAGCGCCGGCGUCUCGCUGAGCGGCGGCCAGCAGCAGCGCCUUGCGCUGGCUAGGGCCGUCUACUCCAGGGAGCAGAUUCUGUUUCUCGACGACGUCUUUUCGGGGCAGGACGCCGCGACCGCCGAGCACGUCCAGCAGGCCCUCUUUGCUGACGGGGGACUGUUUCGAGAGAUGGGCACCACUGUAGUCUGCAUCACGAGCACCAUCCACACGCUUGCGCACGCAGACCACAUCAUCGCGCUGAGCGAGGACGGGCGCGUCCUGCACCAGGGAUCCUUCCAGCAGCUCCACUCCGAGACGGACUAUCUCCAAGGCCUCAACAUCAUACGCAACGGCUCUGCCAAGACACCCGAAAAUGCCAAGCCGCCAAAGACCGACCACGGAGCAGCGGGCCCAGACCGACCGCCGCCCAACACCAGCAGCAGGGAGCCCGACCCGCCGAGCCGCGCCCCAAGCGAGUUCGCCACCUACCGGUACUACUUCAGCACCGUCCGCGCGCGGUACCUGGUGCUGUUCAUCGCGUCCAUCUCGCUCUUCGCAGGGGGGUACAAGAUGACCGAGCUGCUCCUCAGCUUCUGGACGGGCCACGAGGCCCCUGACGAGAGCACCAACAGCUUCUACCUCGGGCUGUACGGGCUCUUCUCGGGCGUCGCGCUGGCCAGCAUGGUCGUCGCGCUGUACGUGUGGGGCAUCGUGCUCACGCCGCAGAGCUCCGAGGUCCUGCACGCGCGCCUGCUGCGUGCGGUUAUCAGGGCCCCGCUGGCCUUCUUCUCUGGGACCGAUGUCGGGGUUACGACCAACCGCUUCAGCCAGGACAUGUCGAUAAUCGAUACCGAGCUGCCGUUUGAGCUUAUUGAUCUCUCGCAUGAUCUGUUCGUGCUCGUCAUGGGCGGCGUGCUGAUGACGGUGUUUUCGGGGUAUUUCGCGGCGCUGCUGCCGCCGGUCGUGCUCUUUUGCUGGCUGCUGCAAAAGUUCUACCUGCGCACAUCUCGACAGAUCCGACUCCUCGACCUCGAAGCCAAGUCGCCGCUGUUCACGCAGUUCCUCGACCUGCUGCAGGGGCUAGCGAGCGUGCGGGCGUUCGCGUGGGAAGAGCCCUUCCGCGAGCAGUACCUCGAGCUGCUGGACGCAUCGCAGCGGCCGUAUUACCUGCUGUUCUGCGUGCAGCGGUGGCUGGGCGUGGUGCUGGAGCUGAUGGUGGCGGUGCUGGCUGCGCUUCUCCUCGUGCUGGUCGUCAAGCUGCGCGCGCAGUUCUCGCCGCAUUUCGUCGCGCUCGCCGUGCUCAACGUCAUGUCCUUCAGCCAGAUGCUCGCCGCCGUCAUCCAGGAGUGGACGCAGUGCGAGACGGCGUUUGGGUCGGUCGCGCGCGUCAAGGCCUUCUGCGACGAUACGCAAGAUGAGAACCUGCCGGCCGAGCGCCUGUCGCCCCCCGAGCAGCAGCACUGGCCGGCGCGCGGGCACGUGGUUAUUGAGAAUCUUGUUGCUGCGUACACGGCCGGCGGGGCCCCCGUCGUGCGCGGCGUGAGCCUCGACAUGCCCGCCGGCGCCAAGGUCGGCAUCUGCGGGCGCAGCGGCAGCGGCAAGAGCUCGCUGCUGGGCACGCUGCUGCGGCUGCUGGAGAUGGCGCCGGGGUCGCGCGUCCGCUUCGACGGCGUCGACAUCGCCACGCUGCCGCGCCAGGCCGUGCGCGCCGCCGUGGCCGUCGUCCCGCAGCACCCCUUCUUCCUCAAGAACCGCAGCAUCCGCGAGAACCUGGUUCCGCACCGCCGGCAGCAGGAGAGUAGCGACGAGCGGAUCCUGGCGGUGCUGCGCCGCCUGAACAUGGGCGAUGUCGUGGAGCGGCUGGGCGGUCUGGAAAGCCAGCUGGACGCGGACAGGCUGUCGCAGGGCCAGCGCCAGCUGCUGUGUCUCGCGCGGGCGAUUCUCGCCGACAAGAAGAUCGUGCUGCUCGACGAGGCCAGCAGCAACAUCGACGAGCGGUCCGAGCGGCUGAUCCGGGAUGUCAUUCGUGAGCAGUUCGUCGGCUGCACCGUCAUCGCCAUUGUGCACCGCCUCGGCGCCGUCGCCGACUUUGACCAUGUCGCUGUCAUGAGCGGCGGCCGGCUGGUCGAGUGGGAUAGCCCCCAGGCCCUCCUGGCUCGCGACAGCGAGUUCAAGCGGCUGUGGGAUCUCGGCACGAACUAA